UUAAGAAAAACAAUGGAUCCAAUCACGCGUCGGAAGAAUUGUACUUCGAAUCAUUCGAAGAAAAUCCUUCGAUACUUCAAUUCCACAGUCGGUGGUAUUGCUGAGACGCCUCUCUCCUUCUCCUUCUCCUUCUCCUUCGCUUUCUCAUCUUCUUCCUUUCUGAGCUGCUCCCCAACUAUCUCCACCAUGAAUUGACCAUUACCCAUUACUGCUAUAUUCUUCUCCUACACGGAUCCUCCUUUGUUCUGCUCCAUCUCUUCGAUUUCUUAUCCUGGUCACAUAGCUGAGUUGAAGGUGGAGAGAGCUGCUGGAUACAGGAAAAUAGGCUGUUUAUCUCAUAACCCAUAGCUCCAAAUCCUGAUUACAGGAUAGAGAGAAGAAGUAGAGACAUGGGACUAGACAAUAUCCCGGCUCAGAAGAGAGCUGGCAAUGGAGGGAAUAGUUUGCCCACCACUGCCGCCACCGCCAACGGCAGAAGAAGCCGUACUAUCCCCGGAAUUCCUCGUGGCCGUCAGAUCCAGAAGACUUUCAACAAUAUCAAGAUUACCGUACUCUGUGGCUUCAUCACCAUUCUUGUUCUUCGUGGCACCAUCGGCAUCGGCAACCUUGGUAGCUCCGAGGCCGACGCUGUAAACCAGAAUAUCAUCGAAGAAACCAACCGGAUCCUCGCCGAGAUUCGAUCUGACAGUGACCCCAACGACCCGGAUGAUCCUGCCGAGACAGAAAUCAACCCUAAUGUUACUUACACACUCGGUCCCAAGAUUGCGAACUGGAAUCAGGAGAGAAAGGUUUGGCUGGAUCAGAACCCACAAUUUCCCAAUUAUAUUAAUAAAAGAGCAAGGAUCUUGCUUGUUACCGGUUCGCCUCCAAAACCCUGCGAUAAUGCAAUUGGAGAUCAUUAUUUGUUGAAGGCAAUCAAGAAUAAGAUUGACUAUUGCAGGCUUCAUGGGAUUGAAAUAGUAUACAAUUUGGCUCAUUUAGACAAGGAACUUGCUGGGUAUUGGGCCAAGUUGCCGUUGAUCCGGCGAUUGAUGCUGUCACACCCUGAGGUGGAGUGGAUUUGGUGGAUGGACAGUGAUGCGUUAUUUACUGAUAUGGUGUUCGAGAUUCCACUGGACAAAUAUGGUAACUACAAUUUGGUGGUUCACGGAUACCCUGAUUUGAUGUUCAACCAGAAGUCCUGGAUUGCACUCAACACAGGAAGCUUUUUGUUUCGGAAUUGCCAGUGGUCUUUGGAUUUGCUGGAUGCUUGGGCUCCUAUGGGACCAAAGGGUCCUAUCCGGGAAGAGGCCGGCAAGAUUUUGACUGCAUACUUGAAGGGAAGGCCAGCAUUUGAAGCUGAUGAUCAGUCAGCUCUGAUAUACUUAUUGCUUUCUCAGAAAGAUCAGUGGAUGGAUAAGGUGUUUCUUGAGAAUUCAUACUAUUUGCAUGGUUACUGGGCUGGAUUAGUUGAUAGGUAUGAGGAAAUGAUUGAGAAGUACCACCCUGGAUUGGGCGACGAAAGGUGGCCAUUCGUGACGCAUUUUGUGGGCUGCAAGCCUUGUGGUAGCUAUGGAGACUAUCCAGUGGAAAGGUGUUUGAGUAGCAUGGAGAGGGCUUUCAAUUUUGCUGACAAUCAAGUUCUGAAGCUGUAUGGAUUUGGGCAUAGGGGCCUCUUGAGCCCCAAAAUCAAGCGGAUCAGGAACGAGACAGCCACUCCAUUGGAGUCGGUUGAUCAGAACGAUAUUCGGCGGCGCGUUCUUCAUCGGAACAAUGCUCCUCCAACCAAGUGAGCAAACUUCUUCCUUGUGUGAUUUACCUUUUACCUGUUGUAGGUGAUGGUAUUAUUAUACGUGAAUUCAAAGAAGAUAGAUUAAAGGGUGGUAAUUGUCCAUACCCAGUCUGUCUUGCUUCAUUUUCUUGUCAUUCUGAUACUGGUUUUGAGAAGGAUAGAGUGGAAUUCUUUCAUUAACUUAAGAAGUCCCUGUUGAUCUUACUUUGAUCUU